CUAGCGACGAAAAAACGCACAUUCGGUGAAAAAAUUGAGAAAACAUUUUAUUAAUUUAAACGAUUAAGUUUAGUGAAUUUCUGUGUUUGUGUAAAAUGUUAUAACUAGAUGGUAACCGGAUUUGGCAUUGAUUGAGCUUACGGGAUAUGGAGGCUACAGUUUCUAAGGGCCGAGGAGGCGGGCUGGCGGCGGUCCUCGGCGUGGCCAACGUCGGGUCCCUGCUCGCCGCUCUCAACCUGGUCGCCGACCUGCACCCUUCAGAUAAGAUCACACCCAGACGAGGCUGCGUGCUGACUCUCCUCGGCUUCGUGUAUUUCACGACGCUGUUCGAGCUACUAAACACGCUCGCACUAUCCACCAGUCUACGACAAAAAUACCGGCUUAGUUGUGGAGACGUCCUCGACGUUACCAACAAACUAGUGUCAGCGGUCCAAGCCGCGUUCUGCUGCAUCACGGGCGCCAUCGUGUGCCUGUGGUCGUGCACGCGCGACUUCGCGCGCACCUCGCACUUCGUGUCGGAGGCCUACGCGUGGUUCGGGGCCGCUUACUUCUUCUACGACAUCUGGUCCAUGUACUCGUGUGGCGUUGUAGCGACACGGCUCAUCGUGUGCCUGUGGUCCUGCACGCGCGACUUCGCGCGCACCUCGCACUUCGUGUCGGAGGCCUACGCGUGGUUCGGGGCCGCUUACUUCUUCUACGACAUCUGGUCCAUGUACUCGGUACACGUCCAAAUGACGAUUGGUGACGCCAAAGGCAAGCGGAAGACCAAGAACGGUUCACUGACCUCUGCGCCUGUCAAACAGGCGCCAUCUUUCUUCGAAUACUGCAAACAUGAGCCCGUGAUUCUGAUGCAUCAUCUAUUCAUCGGUGGCUUUGGUUUCCUAACUAUUGUGUACUUCCGCGGCGGCCUCGGCGACUGCGUUUUCGGCUUCGUGUACCUCAUGGAGCUCUCCACGCCCUUCGUGUCCCUCCGCGGCAUCCUCUCAAGGCUCAAGAUGAAGUCCACCCGGGUCUACCUGCUGAACGGCAUAUUGAUGUUACUCACGUUCCUGUUCUGCCGAGUGCUCAGUCUGCCGUACGUCUGCCACAUGUACAGCAAGGCCGUGGGGAUGUCUUACUUACAGGUAACUUAUAAGAUGAAGUCCGCCCGGGUCUACCUGCUGAACGGCAUAUUGAUGUUACUCACGUUCCUGUUCUGCCGAGUGCUCAGUCUGCCGUACGUCUGCCACAUGUACAGCAAGGCCGUGGGGAUGUCUUACUUACAGGUAACUUAUAAGAUGAAGUCCGCCCGGGUCUACCUGCUGAACGGCAUAUUGAUGUUACUCACGUUCCUGUUCUGCCGAGUGCUCAGUCUGCCGUACGUCUGCCACAUGUACAGCAAGGCUGUGGGGAUGUCAUACUUACAGGCCGUGCAAUCGCUACCAACCGGCUGCAAGAUCUCCAUACUGAUCCUCCUGCUACCCCAGCUGUACUGGUUCUACCUGAUGUCGGCCGGCGCCCUCAAGGUGUUCCUCGCCAAGCCCGAGGAGAAAUAUGACCGCAAGGUGGCGCAAGCGCGCGCAGGCGACCGCUCCGUAGCGGUGCGCGGCAACUGCUACUGCUGGACACUAAAUCUGAUAUAUCUGUACAAUUUUGAUCUGUUUCUAGAAACGUCAAUGUCUCGCAUCGUGUCGGGCUGGCAAGCGUACCCCGGCCAGCAUCCUCACCAGAUCUACCUCCGUAUGGUCAACGCAGCUGGCACCUUGAGCGCCUGUGGAGGCUCCGUGGUGCACAAGAACUGGUUCAUUACCGCUGCUCAUUGCACGGCACAACGGGUGCAACUCUUGGUCCGCGCCGGUCUCGUCCACAUCUUGCAGCCCCAAUACGACUCGGAGACGACAGAGUGGUACAACUUUCCCUCCUUCGUGGACGAGCUGGCGCACAUCGUCCAGCCUAAUGACAUCGCCAUCGCACACGUCGACGAGCCCUUCACUUUCAGCCAUCUGCUGCAGCCUAUCAAGAUGCAGUCAGCAGCUGACGCGUACAGGGACUACUCCGACGAGCAACUCAUCGCUAGCGGCUUUGGACGUGUCUGGACAGGAGGUGACACCUCCGAGAACCUGAACUGGGUGUACCUGACCGGGGUAUCGAACGCGCUAUGCUUCGCCACCUUCGGCACCAUCAUCACCGACACCACCAUCUGCGCGAGGUUCUUCAAUGUCACCUCACAGUCUACUUGCUCGGGCGACAGCGGCGGCCCCCUAGUCCACGUGAACGACGACGGAGUCCCAAUCCUUAUCGGAGUAGUGGCGUUCGUGGCUGGCGGUGACUCGGGCUGCCACGCCGGCCAUCCUGCAGGUUUCACUCGCGUCGGACCCUUCCACGGCUGGCUUACAGAGAUAACUGGCAUUGAUUUCGAUAACCUAGAAGAAGAUACCGAAGCACCAACUGAGCCACCAACUGAAGCACCAACUGAGCCACCAACUGAAGCCCCAACUGAGCCACCAACUGAGGCCCCAACUGAGCCACCAACUGAAGCCCCAACUGAGCCACCAACUGAGCCACCAACUGAGGCCCCAACUGAGCCACCAGUGACUGAAUCCCCAGAUUCCAACGAGUCCGGAGAAGACGAAUCAACGGAAGCACCAGAACCGGAAGAGGGCAGUUCAGAGGAGAAGGAUUCUGAUGAAUCUGAUGAUGAUGACUGCGAAAUGUCUGAGUUAUUGAAGAAGUUGGAAGUCAAGGUUAACGUUAGAGUCAAAUUGAACAAGUAUGGCAGGAAGAACAAAGUUCGUCACAUUAAAAAAUAA